AUGUUACGUCAGUUGCUUAGAAGGUCACGUUGGAAAAAUCUUCCUUAUGCAGCCGCCUUGGAAGGCGAGGCUGAAGCUUUACUAAACGUCAUCGUAGAGCGCCUAUGUUCCUCGGCAAAAGCGCAAGAUUGGGGCCCGGGCUGUAAUUUUUGGGAAUUAAGUGAACAUUUAACGUUUCUCGGUUUAAUCCACGCAAAAAUUGUGAUAAAUAAAUUUAAACCGUGUACUAGUUAUCUUGAUCUCCAGCACCCUUUAUCACGCCAAACUCGCGCUCAACUAGCCCACGUUCUUUUCGAGCUCGUUAUCACACCUGGAAUUGACGCAUCUCAUGCUGAAGUUUUUGCAACUACUUGUAUACGUUUACUCAAAAAAAAGGACAAAAUUGGACCGGAGGAUUUAACACUACCAUGGGAACCAUUAUAUGAUAUCAUUCACCGAACUUUUUUCCCAAAAAGUCGACAGAAAACCUUAGUCAGUGAAUCAACCAUUAUCAGUAAACAAAUUGGAUCUGUGGUACGUCUAGUGGAAAAUGCGCAAAGAUUUUUUCCUCCAGAAGCCGCAAAUGAAAUUCUUUCUCGAGUGCUUCCUCUUUUUAAUGCCAAUUCUGUUGGAGAUGCAUUCACAGUACAAGCCUACCUCGUUCGAUUCCUUCCAACUGGGCCAUCUCCCAAAUCAUCUCCUUCCACAUGGUUACCUACUAUAUUCUCAUUUUGGUACCUUAUCCCAGGUUCAUUGAUGUAUCAAAUAGAGUUUAUAGAUCUUGUUGCUCGCGUUGCUGAAGAUAAUGUUGGUGUUGAAGUUAAUAGUCCUGACCAGAUAGGCAUUUUUACUCAAGCACAAGUUAAAACUGUAUUUGCAACUGGUCAAAAAAUGAUGGAUUUGCCUGUGGGCAGUACCACCAACGGCAAUAAUAGUUCUGGAAGAGGUGGAUCAAUGUCAGGAUUACCUUCAAGAAUGGAUCUUAGAACAGGCAGCGCCAUGCUUUUAAGGAAAAAAGGGGACAAAUUCAAAAUGCUAGCCAGGUUUAUUGUAUAUGCUAUCUUUCCACCCUCUAAUCAUCCCCAAGAGAAAACAAUUCUUACAUAUUUAGCGAAUAUGAUUCAAGCAACUGAAUCAUACUAUCAUCCAAGUAAUUUUGGACGAUGGACCUUUUCUAUCGUAAGAUUUUUACAGUUUCUUGGGUGGGAGUUCUUAAAACGAUGGACAGAUGAACACAAGCCAGAAUGUAAGACACCAGAGUCACGGCGUCUAACACCUGAACUUAAACGGCAAUUUGUUCUUAUUCUUAGAGGGGUUACAUUCUUAUCAAUGUUUGGCAAGGACCCAUUAUCUGUUGGAUCGAGUCAAGCUGCGUUAAAAUAUUUAGCCUGGCUAGAACCUUCAUUAAUAUUUCCAGGGUUGUUAGGACGCGUUUAUCCCUCUUUAGAAAAUCUAACAGAGACUCAUAGAACGACAUCAUCCAUAUCAGCUCUUUCGCUUCUGGCGAUUCCACUUUUUUCUCGUGCCCAUUAUCCUGCCGGUGGAAAGCAUCUUGCCCCGCUUCUUCAUUUAACAAUUCCUGGGAUUGACAUGAAUGAUCCAAUAAAAACAAUUUCAUCCCUUAUUUUUCUUACACACGCUGUUAUGGGCGUCCCUUUAAGAGAUUUGACUGAAGGUAGUACCACAGAAUCUGGAUUUAGGUGGGAAGGGAUGGAUAUUGAUGAAAGGGAAGAAGAUCAAAUAGAAAUUAACGUAGAGGAAGAAGAUGCCUUAUGUAAGGCUAGUACUGCUGUAUUUGAGGAUUGGCUUGCAAAAUUUUUAAGGCGCGUUUUCACUAUUGUAUGUCACAUGGAUUUUCUCUUUAAAGUGCAGCUCUCAAUUAAUUGUAUUAAGCAUAUGGGCGGAUCGCGCUCAUUUUGUGAUAUCUAA